AUGUUGCGCUUAAACAAGUUAUCUGUCAGCAAAAGAGCAUUUUCCACUUCCUCUCUUUUACUCAAAGAUAUCAAGAACGUCACCAUUAUCGGUGCUGGCUUGAUGGGUUCCGGUAUCGCUCAAGUAGCUGCUCAAGCUAAAUACAAUGUGACAAUGGUUGAUACCUCGGAUGCUGCUCUUGAAAACGGUAAAAACAUCAUCUCUUCCUCAUUAAAACGCGUAGCACGUAAGAAGUUCGCUGAUGAUGAAGCCAAGCAAAAGGAAUUUAUCAACCAAACGAUGAACAACAUAAAGACCUCUAAGGAUCCUAACGAGGCAGCUUCCUCAUCUGACCUUAUUGUCGAGGCUAUUGUGGAGAACAUUGACAUCAAACAAAAGUUAUUCAAGGGAUUGGACCAAGCAGCAUCUGCUGAUACCAUUUUCACCUCCAACACAUCUUCUUUACCCGUCACAUUGAUUGCUGAAGCCACAUCAGAUGAAAGAAAGAAACGCUUUGCUGGUCUUCAUUUCUUCAACCCUGUACCUGCUAUGAAGUUGGUUGAAAUUGUUCGUACAGACAAAGUGAGCGAUAGUGUGAUUGAUGCUUUGAACCAAUUCUCAAAGAACGUGGGUAAAGUACCUGUAAACUGUAAGGACACACCUGGUUUUAUCGUAAACCGACUUCUUGUUCCUUAUCUUAUGGAAUCUUACCGUAUUCUCGACCGUGAAGAAGCCUCGAUUGAAGACAUUGAUACUGCCAUGAAGUUGGGUGCUGGUAUGCCUAUGGGUCCUUUGGAACUCUCUGAUUUCAUUGGCUUAGAUACCAUGAAAUUCAUUGUUGAUGGAUGGCACAAGGAGGGUAAGAUCGACCCUGCUCUCACUCAACCAUCCAAGGCAUUGGAUAAGCUUAUUGCUGAAGGUAAUUUGGGACGCAAAACCGGAAAGGGUUUCUAUGACUAUUCCAAGAAAUAA